UGAUUGGAACGAAAACUACAAACAUGGACGUCCUAGUAAGCGAUGCAGCCUGUUGAGAGAAAUGUUAGUAAAUACAGAAAAAAUGCUGCGAGGAGUAAACGAAUACGUAGUUAUGAUACGCAGGUAAACUUAACCACCAUGGCGGCGAGAGGCCAUGUGCAAGACCCCAACGACCGGAGACUCAGACCCAUAUACGACUACCUUGACAAUGGCAACAACAAGAUGGCCAUCCAGCAGGCCGACAAGCUGCUGAAAAAGCACAAAGACUUGCACUGCGCCAAGGUGCUGAAGGCCAUCGGACUCCAGCGGACAGGCAAACAGGACGAAGCCUUCUCCCUAGCGCAGGAGGUGACCUCGCUGGAGCCUACGGAUGACAACUCCCUUCAAGCGCUCACGAUACUCUACAGGGAGAUGCAUCGGCCCGAGUUGGUGACCAAACUGUAUGAGGUGGCGGUGAAGAAGGUGCCGCUCAGCGAGGAGUACCACUCGCACCUCUUCAUGGCGUACGCCCGUGUCGGCGAGUACAAAAAGAUGCAGCAGGCAGGUAUGGCCUUGUACAAAAUUGUCCCCAAGAAUCCCUACUACUUCUGGUCCGUCAUGAGUCUGGUCAUGCAGGCCAUCUCGGCACAGGAUGAAAAACUUUCUCAAACCAUGUUCCUCCCCCUGGCCGAACGCAUGGUGGAGAAGAUGGUCAAAGAAGACAAAAUUGAAGCAGAAGCAGAGGUGCAGCUCUACUUUAUGAUCCUCGAGCGCUUGGGAAAAUGUCAAGAGGCUUUGGAAGUCAUCAAAGGUCCACUAGGAGAGAAGCUGACCAGCGAGCUUCAGAGUCGAGAGAGCAAGUGCAUGAUGUUGUACCGGCGACUUCGCCGUUGGCCCGAGUGCAACGCUCUGGCUCGCAAGCUCCUUCUCAACAAUCCUGACGAUUGGCAAUUCUUUCUGGCCUACUUUGACUCGCUCUUCCACCUUAUGGAUCAAUCGUGGGCUCCGCCGGAGGAAGGAGAACACUGUUCAGAGGGAGAGGUGCACCACACGGUGGCGGAGGCGACUCUGUUCGUGGAGGAGAGGAUCGCGGGCGAAGACUGCAAAGAUGGCCGCGCGCUGCGAGGUCCUUACCUGGCGCGUCUGGAGCUCAUGCAGCGACUACGAGAGCGCCACCAUGCCGGGGAACGCCAGCUGGGAGAGCCUUUGGAGCUGAUGGUGCAAUUUUUCGUCAAGUUUGGCGACAAGCCUUGCUGCGUCACCGACCUCAACGUUUACCUGCACCUGCUAGACGCCGAGCAACACGAGCAGUUGGCGGAGCGGCUGAGCGAGGCUGCACCCAGGGGACCCGACGGCUCGGCCUUUCCAGAUGACGCCAAAUCGUUACAGAGGCACUUGUGCGCGUGUCAGCUGAGUCGGGCGCUGGGCCUGCAUCACGCCAUGGACUCCGCCGCCAAGCUGAGGCUCGCCGAUGAGCUCAAGGCGCACUAUCGACACGGCCUCAAGUUUGGGAAGAACGCGCUGAAAACGGAGCUUCAGUUUUCCGACAUGUACUGCCUGAUGGCGGCUCACGUCUACAUCGACUUGUGGACGGAAAGCGGAGACGAAAAAAUGGCGUGUCAGAGUCUGGGGCUCCUUCAGGAAGGCUUGGCCAACAGCCCGAGCAACGCUCAGUUCAAGCUGCUGCUGCUGCUCCUGUACUGCCGGCUGGGCGCCUUCGAGCCGGUGGCAGAGCUUUACGCCAGCCUGGAUGCCAAGCACGUGCAGCACGACACCAUCGGCUUCCUCCUGACGCGCUACGCUCAGUCCUUGGGACACUUUGCCGCAGCGUCCCAAGCCUGCAACUCCUCGCUCAGGUUUUUCCACUCCAACCAGAAAGAUACCUCCGAGUACAUCAUCCAGGCGUACAAGUACGGCGCCUUCGAGAAGAUCCCAGAGUUCAUCGCCCUCAGGAACCGACUCAACCAGUCGCUGCACUUUGCCCAAGUCCGCACCGAGAGGAUGCUGCUGGACUUGUUGUUGGAGGCCGACAUUGUGUCCAGUCUGGAAGAGAGCGUGAAGGCCAUGUGUUUGUCCGCGGAGGAGGACGACAUUCCCUGGGACAGCAUGAGAGACAACAGAGACCUCACAGUCUUCACCUGCUGGGACCCAAAAGAGCGGAGGUUGAGCGAGGAGCAUCGGCGGCGCUCCUUGGAGGAGGAGCGUGCGUGGCUGCGGUGGCGCUCUCUCACGCUGCGCCUCCUGGCCCUGGUGGCGGGGCUGGGGCGGAGAGCCUCUCCGCAGAACUCUCCGCCGGCCGCCGAGAACGGCGUGGCCGACAAGACGUCGACGCUACGCGGCCUCCUGGCGCAGCUGAGCCAGACCUUGCAGACGUUAGCUCGGCUGGCCGAGAAACGCGUACAGUACCCGUUCCUGGGACCGCCGGCCUCCCGUCUGGCCGGUGCCCUGUCCAGCGGCAGCUGCCAGUGUCAAGCGGCGGCUCUGCAGCUUUCGCUCCACGUGCACGAGCUGGACGCCGUCGGACUCGACGACUCAUCGGAACUCCAAACUCAGAUGUGUAAUGCCUUCAAGUCGCUCACUGUUCAGCUUCAAGAAAUGCUGAAUAAAUGCAAAGGAGACGUACUGGACAUCAAAGAUGGACAGUUUAAAAUCAACCCCUCUUUAUUAGAAAACCUCAUCUUCUUCAUGGAAACGGUGUGUGUGGUCUUGUGGGUCGCCGGCUACUGCACCAAAGUCCUUCGGCCGCUUAAGUCCAGCCUACAGAAGAAAAAGAAGAAGAAAAAGGACACUGGCGUGGCUCAGAUUUACCCAACUUCCCCGCAGCCGGCGGUGGUGUGCGGCUUCCAGGAACUGACGGCGAGCUUGCAGGACGUGCUGGCCCGAGCCCUGGAACACAUUAAGGCGCAGGAAGUUGGAAUCGCGGCGCUCAAGAUGGCCGACUUGUCCCUGGACGGAUCCACAGAGGAGGAGUCGUCGUUCACUCGUGCGGCCACAGACAAGCUGCAGAGCAGUCACCUGCGUUCACUGCAGGAGGUGUCGGAACUGCUGAGGAAACGAGCAGAUACUCUCAAGAACCUCAAGAUCUAAAGACGGAUCCCGGAACGCGUUCAACACUUCUCACGUACGAGCGGGCACGCCCGCCGCGGCCUACCGCGACCUGGCACGGCGCACUGUCAUUCACGUGCCGUUAUUAUUAUUUUUUUUUUAGCCCAACUAGUAAAUUAUUGUACAUAAUAUCACAGAGUUCAACAAACCACUAUUUCCGUCUUUGCUCGCUCACUCGUUGGCGGGCGCUCCAGAUGACACCUUUGUUUGUCGUGCGUGUCUUAAGGACGUCGAGCACCUCCAUCGUCGCAGUAUUAAAACCAGCAAAACGCAACCUUUUUUAUUUUUUUUUAUUUUACUUGCACCCAAAGGCACUGAGCGUGCGCUGGAUUCUUCUUCUGGAUGUUUACACCACCAGCAGCUGUCUAACUUGUUUGCUGCCAUUUUGACUUACAAGAAAUGCAAAACCAAGAUAAUUAAUACCAAAAAAGUAGAAUAUAUAUUUUCUGAAUUCAAAAAGAGAACGAAUAGAGGGGAAAAAAAUAACCCAAAAAGAAACAACAGAACAACCCCCCCAAAAAGUGGAAAAAUUAAGGAAUAGCAGGAAAAAAAGACAUAACAAAAGACACAAAAAUUCUGGGAAAAAAAUGUGGAAAAAUACGGAGCCCCUAAAGGGACAUCGACAGAAAUUAAGCAAUUUGGUGUGCAUUACAAACAAUCUGGUAAACAUUAGCAUUUAAGUUAGCGGACUUUGGAUUUGCAAGUUAGCCAGUUGUUGUAAACAUUAGCAUUUGGCCAUGCUAGUUAGCCAAUUGCAACAAUCCGCUUGCUUAAAUGCUAUAUAACGCUAAUUACAAUAAUUGGCUAACUUUGAUAGCCAAAGUCCGCUAGUUUAAAUAUUAUAUAGCUUUUAUUUUAGAGGACUUUUGCUAUGCAAGUUAGCCAAUGGCAACAUAGCAACAAUUGGCUAACUUGCCAAAGUCCGCUAACUUAAAUGCAAUAUAAUGCUAAUGUUUACAACAAUUGGCCAACAUUUAAGCUUGCGGACUUUUGCUAUGCAAGUUAGCAAUUGUUGUAAACAUUCACACUAUAUAGCAUUUAAGCUAGCAAACUUUGGCUAUGCGAGUCUCCCAGUUUAAAUGCUAUAUAUUAUAUAGCUAAUGCUAUCUAAAUGGCUAACUUGCAGAGCCAAAGACGGCUAGCUUAAAUGCUAUAUAAUGCUAAUGUUUACAACAAUUGGCUAACUUGCACAGCCAAAGUCCGCUAGAAUAAAAUGCUAUAUAAGAAUUAAGCUUGCGGACUUUGGCUAUGCAAGUUAGCCAAUUGUUGUAAUUAGCAUUAUAUAGCAUUUAAGCAAGCGGACUGUUGCAAUUGGCUAACUUGCAUAGCAGAAGUCCGCUUGGUUAAAUGCAAAUGUAAUACUAAUGUUUGCAACUUUUGCUAUGCAAGUUGGCCAAUUGCAGCAAUGAAACAAUUGGCUAACUUUCAUUGUAAAAGUCCACUUAGUUAA